AUGAUUGAGUACUCAAAGGAAGUGAUGAAAUUGGGUAAAUUGGUCUUUGAGCUACUUUCAGAAGCUCUAGGGUUAAACAGUAAUCACCUCAAGGACAUGGAUUGCACCAAUUCAUUGCUGUUGCUCGGCCAUUAUUACCCGCCAUGUCCACAACCCGACCUAACUUUAGGCUUAAGCAAACACUCUGACAAUGCUUUUCUCGCUCUUCUUCUUCAAGAUCAUAUUGGAGGGCUUCAAGUUCUUCAUGACAACUACUGGGUUGAUGUUCCUCCUGUUCCUGGAGCACUUGUCAUUAACGUUGGAGAUCUUCUUCAGCUUAUAACAAACGACAAGUUCAUAAGCGUGGAGCAUCGGGUUUUGGCAAAUCGAACUGGUCCCAGAAUUUCAGUGGCGUGUUUCUUCAGUUCAUAUUUAAUGUCUAAUCCUAGAGUUUAUGGUCCUAUCAAAGAGCUUUUGUCUGAGAAAAACCCACCCAAAUAUAGUGACACUACUAUUAAAGAGUAUGCAAUAUCCAAAGGAUCCGAUGGUAACUCCGGGUUACACCAUCUCAAGAUUUAA